AUGUUUCGCAAGAAGAAAAAGAAGAGGCCUGAGAUAUCAGCGCCAAAGAACUUUGAGCACCGUGUCCACACGUCAUUUGAUGCCAAACGCGGCUGCUUUGUGGGCCUGCCGACCCAAUGGCAAAGCCUCAUAGAAAACCUGCGAAGGCCCAAACCCAUGGUGGACCCAUCCAGGAUCACAGAGGUGGAGCUGAGGCCAAAGAAGACCAUUGUGCGCGGGAGCAUGAUUGGUCAUGGAGACUACAUCGCAGCCAUGAUCAACGACAUGAACCGGCUUUCUGUGACCAGCUCCAACUCGCUGCGGAAGAGCAGCCCCUCAGCACGGAAGAGGGCCCAGUCUCUGGGAAGGCUGGGGGAGGUGAACGAGGGAGACACCUACCAGUACGAGGGCCUGACCCAGGAUGACGAUGACGACGAUGAAGAUGGAGCUGAGCUGUGGAGAGAAAGGGCUCGGAACAUCCACAGCGAGACCAACACCCCUUACCUGGGCAUGAAGAAGAGCAUCACGCUGCAGCCCAAUGGGAUCCUGCCGAAGGCGAAGUCCACCUACGAAGUGGGUGUCAGCCCCCUGGAGGGACCUUCACAGCACCUGCAACAGCACCAGAACAUCCCGAUGCCAAGUCAUGGGGCCUAUAUGAGUGCAGAUGUAGGAAGUCCUCAGGAGCGAGUGAUAUGGAAACGAGAUUUCCAGCUGCCCAGAGGAAUGCCACCAAACCAGAGACCCGUAGCUUGUUUCUAUAGCCCUGCUAUGACCGUGCAGCAGCUCCAUGGAGAUCAGGGAACACUCACCACCGAGCUCCGCCCCAAUCCACCGAUGUACAUGCACCCACAGAACAGCCCUGGGAGGCCCUUCUCCUCCUAUGACCUAAAAGCGGAGUCCACAGUGAGGUACCACUCCAGUUUUCUGCCCACCGGCACCAGCAGUCCACUCGUGGGAGCCAUUAGACCUCAACGGACUGUGCGCUCCUCGGCUAGCUACACUCUAGGCCUGUCCCCUAACAUGGGACUGAGACCCAGUGGACCUGACCCCUUCCUCAGACACUCUGGAUGCCCCAACCCUCCUUACCCCCGUCAGGACAGCCCCUCCCAACCUCGACCUUCCCCUACAGGCUCAUUGGCCACCAGUCCCCCAGGCACCUGCUCCCCUGCCUUUAGACCCCCGCAGCAUCCCUCACCGAGACCACCUCCCGACCCACCUAAGGUGACCCAUGAACAGUUCAAGGCAGCCCUUCAGAUGGUGGUAGACAAGGGCGACCCGCGAACUUACCUGGAGAACUUUGUGAAGAUCGGGGAGGGUUCAACAGGAGUGGUGUGUAUUGCAACCGAAAAGCACACUGGGAGGCAGGUGGCGGUAAAGAUGAUGGACCUGCGACGGCAGCAGAGGAGAGAACUGCUCUUUAACGAGGUGGUCAUCAUGAGGGACUAUCAGCACAGGAACGUGGUGGAGAUGUUCAAGUCUGCUCUGGUGGAGGAAGAGCUGUGGGUGAUCAUGGAAUACCUGCAGGGUGGAGCACUGACCAACAUUGUGUCUGAGACCAGGCUGAGUGAGGAGCAGAUUGCCACAGUGUGCGAAGCUGUUCUGCAAGCCCUGGCCUAUCUCCAUUCACAGGGAGUCAUUCACAGAGACAUAAAGAGUGACUCAAUACUGCUCACGUUAGAUGGAAGGGUAUUGAAUGUUAAGCUUUCAGAUUUUGGCUUCUGUGCUCAGAUCAGUAAGGACAUCCCUAAGAGGAAGUCCCUUGUGGGGACACCUUAUUGGAUGGCUCCUGAGGUCAUCUCUAAAUCGCCAUAUGGCACCGAGGUUGAUGUGUGGUCAAUGGGAAUCAUGGUGGUAGAAAUGGUUGACGGAGAGCCCCCGUACUUCAGUGAAACGCCUGUAGCAGCAAUGAAGAGGCUGAGAGAUGAACCGGCUCCGACUGUUAGGAGUGUCAGCCAGAUCUCCCCAGUUCUAAAAGACUUCCUGGACCGCAUGCUGACCCGGGACCCCCUGGAGCGGGCCAGUGCCACUGACCUGCUGGAGCACCCCUUCCUGCUGCAGAGCGGUUCACCUCAGUGCCUGGUCCCGCUGGUGGAGCAGUACCGCAAGCGCAUGUCCCGCUGCUGA